UAUAAUCUCUAACGAUAAUCGUGUUUAUUCAUAUAAAAUGUCUGAAGCUAAAAUAAUUAGUGGUCUUGAAAUAGCUCAGCAAGUUAAACUCCAGCUUCAGAGUGAAGUUCAAAAAAUUACCUUACAACUUCCAAAUUUCAAACCCGGUCUACGUAUCAUUCAAGUCGGUAAUCGAGAAGAUUCAAAUGUGUACAUUCGUAUGAAAAUCAAAACUGCCCAAGAAGUUGGCAUCGACGUGAGUCAUAUUAAAUUUCCAUCUUCCAUAAACGAAGGAGAACUUUUAUCGAAAAUUCAUGAGCUUAACCAGAAUGACCAAGUUCAUGGAAUAGUUGUUCAAAUGCCAUUAGAUUGUGAUAAAGAAAUUGAUUCAAAUAAAAUUUUAAAUGCUGUUUCACCUGACAAAGAUGUUGAUGGUUUACACGAAAUUAAUAAAGGUCGUUUAGCUGCUGGAAAUCUUACUGGUUUUGUAGCUUGUACCCCUUUGGGUUGUUUGGAACUUAUUAAAGCCACUGGUUACAAAAUUGCUGGAUCGAAUGCUGUUGUUUUGGGUCGGAGUAAAAUUUUAGGUUCCCCAGUAGCUGAGCUUUUAAAGUGGAGCCAUGCAACUGUUUCCAUUUGUCAUUCGAAAACUAUCAACCUUCCCGACGUUACUAAAAAAGCUGAUAUUUUAGUCGCAGCAAUUGGUAGUGCAGAAUUCGUUAAAGGAAGCUGGAUCAAACCUGGUGCAGUUGUUAUAGAUUGCGGGAUAAACUCUGUGAGUGAUCCCUCGAAGAAAAGUGGUAAAAGUAUUAAAGGUGACGUCUGUUUCGAAGAAGCAAAGAAAAUUGCUUCUUAUAUUACCCCUGUUCCCGGUGGCGUUGGACCAAUGACUGUUGUCAUGCUGAUGAAAAACACCGUCAUGUCAGCAAAAAAAGUUGCAGCCCGCACUUUAUGCAGUUCUUGGGAAGUUAAACCACUCGGUCUUAACCUUUUGAAGCCUGUUCCAUCUGAUAUUGAAAUAGCUAGAUCGCAACAACCAAAACAUAUAUCGGUGUUAGCUGAGGAAAUUGGUCUAAUCCCGAAAGAGGUUUCACCUUAUGGCAGUGUGAAAGCCAAGAUAUCCCUCGAUGUUACCAAACGUUUAGCAAAUAGAACGGAUGGAAAAUAUGUUGUCGUUGCUGGUAUAACUCCAACUCCAUUAGGCGAAGGUAAGAGUACAACUUUGGUGGGAUUAGUUCAAGCUUUGUGUGCUCAUAAGCAACGGAAUGCUAUUGCUUGCUUAAGACAGCCGUCUCAGGGACCAACUUUUGGUAUCAAAGGUGGAGCCGCUGGAGGAGGUUACUCACAGGUUAUUCCAAUGGAAGAAUUCAAUCUCCAUUUGACAGGUGAUAUUCAUGCUGAUAGUGCGGCAAAUAACCUCUUGGCAGCUCAGUUAGAUGCUAGAAUGUUCCAUGAAGCUACACAAAAGACUCAAGCUUUGUACGAUCGUUUGGUUCCUUCGGUGAAGGGAAAACGUAGUUUCUCCAAGAUUCAACUUCGUCGUUUACAAAGACUUGGAAUCUCAAAAACUGAUCCUAGUUCGCUCUCUCCCGAGGAGAUGGAAAGUUUCGCCAGACUUAACAUUGAUUCAAAUAAGAUCACUUGGUCAAGAGUGGUAGAUAUCAAUGAUCGAUACCUUCGGGAGAUCACAAUUGGACAGUCUCCGACCGAAAAGAAUCUUACUCGUCGAACUGGAUUCACUAUUUCGGUGGCAAGUGAGAUAAUGGCAGUUCUUGCUCUUGCGAAAGAUCUUAGCGAUAUGAAAGAUCGGCUAGCGAAAAUGAUAGUAGCCUAUAACAAAACUGGAAAUCCAGUAACUGCUGAUGAUUUAGGCAUGACUGGAGCUUUGGCAGUCUUGCUUAAGGACACUUUGGAACCAACUUUGAUGCAGACUUUAGAAGGUACCCCAGUUCUUGUACAUACUGGACCGUUUGCUAACAUUGCCCAUGGAUGUUCGUCAAUAAUUGCUGAUGAAAUUGGAUUGAAGUUAGUUGGGGAAGAAGGAUUUGUUGUAACUGAAGCUGGUUUCGGUUCUGAUAUUGGUAUGGAGAAGUUCUUCAACAUCAAAUGUCGGUCAUCGGGAAAGGUUCCCAAUGCUGUUGUGCUUGUUACAACAGUUCGUGCUUUGAAAAUGCACGGUGGUGGUCCAGCUGUUGAGCCAGGUGCACCAUUGAAAAAAGAAUAUAGUGAAGAAAAUUUGGGGCUUUUGAAAAAUGGUAUCCCGAAUUUGUUGAAACAUAUUGAAAAUGGUAGAAUGUAUGGACUUCCGGUGGUGGUGGCUAUUAAUCAGCAUAAUUCUGAUACAAAAGCUGAACAUGAUUUAGUCAAAGAGGCUGCCAUUAAGGCUGGAGCAUAUGAAGCUGUAAUAUGUUCACAUUGGGGUGAAGGUGGUUCUGGUGCACUUGAGCUUGCUGAAGCAGUAAUUAAAGCAUGCAAUGAUCCAUCUAAUUUUGAGUUGUUGUAUGAACCCCGUCUUCCACUUUUAGAGAAACUGAAUACAAUUGCAAAGAGAAUGUAUGGAGCUGGAGAAGUUGUCCUUACCAAAGAAGCUUCAGAAAAACUUGAAUUUUUGAUCGAAAAAGGUUUUGGUCAAUUGCCAAUUUGUAUGUCAAAGACUUCUGGUUCUUUGACAGGUGAUGCAAAAAUUAAAGGUGCACCAAGGGGAUUUACAUUGACCAUUGGAGAUUUGUAUGUUUCAGCUGGAGCUGGAUUUAUUGUUGCAUCAUGUGGAGAUAUUGUUAAAAUGCCUGGUUUGCCAACAAGACCUUGUAUUUAUGAUAUUGAUCUUGAUACCGAAACUGGUUUAAUUGAAGGCUUGUUUUAAGAAUUAAGUUAAUUAAAUUGUAAAUAAAUAAAAAAAUA